AGCUGAACUCAGCAAUUGAAAAAACAUAGCUUGCUUGUUUCAUUUCUGGUACCCAAAGCUUAACAAAUGGUAGAAAGAUUUUUAUCGCUGAAAUAGUACUGGGAUAUAUCUGAUUUCUGCUAAGAGAAGAGAAGAGAAAAACAUGGGUCGAAAAGUGACGGCGGCGAUUGUGAGCCUUUGGGUAAUUCCCGUAUCCAUCCUGGUAAAUCGCAUUGUUCCUGACCCUUACAUGGAUGAGAUUUUCCACAUACCUCAGGCUCAAAAAUACUGCAAUGGUGAUUUCAUGAGCUGGGAUCCUAUGAUCACUACCCCACCUGGCCUGUACUAUCUUUCACUUGUUCAUGUUUCUGCUCUGUUUCCAAUUAAGUAUUUUCUACUACUGGCUUCAUCGUUCCCAGAAGUUUGCUCCACUGUGGUUCUUCGCUCUGUAAAUGGGGUCUUGGCAGUACUGUGCAGCAUUCUUGUGUAUGAGAUAAUAAUCCACUUGAGGCCAGGUCUUGAUGAUAGAAAAGCGACUCUUUUUGCUACAGUUCUAACCCUGUAUCCACUACACUGGUUCUUCACUUUUCUUUACUAUACUGAUGUUGCAUCACUUACUGCUGUGCUCGCCAUGUAUCUUGCAUGUAUGAAGAAGAAAUAUCUAUUCAGUGCUUUGCUUGGGGCAACAGCAGUUGUUAUUCGACAGACAAAUAUUGUAUGGAUGUUUUUUGUUGCCUGCUCCGAGGUCAUUGAUAUAACUAUGGCACAUCAAAAUGAUAGUGUGGAAGUAGAUGAUUUAAAGGCAUCAAACAAGGGUACCAUUCUGUCAACCCUUGAUACCGGUGUCCGUGUGAGUUCAAACUUGAGGAGAAGGAAGUCCAAGGGAAAUGCAAAGGCUAGCAAACAUUCUCCCUUCCAGAAAAACGCCUGUUCAACAUCCCGAACGUCAGGUCUGCUUCAAGAGAUUCAAGCUAUUGUUUUGACUUCAUGGCGCAUAAAGUGGGAGCUUUUGGUCUCCUUUAGCCCAUUCUUUUUUGUACUGCUGGCAUUUGUUGCUUUUCUCGUCUGGAAUGGGAGUGUAGUUCUUGGUGCAAAAGAAGCUCAUGUAGUUUCUCCACAUUUUGCACAAAUAAUGUAUUUUAGCCUUGUUUCUGCUAUUUUGGCGGCUCCUCUGCAUUUCACAAUCAGUCAUGCUCUAGAUUUGUUUCAGUCAUUCUGGAAGAACAGAAUUCUUGGAAUAUCCAUUCUAUUAUUGGCUUUGAUUGCCAGUUUCCUUUCCGUACAUUUUUUCAGCAUUGCUCAUCCUUAUCUUCUUGCUGACAAUCGGCAUUAUACCUUCUAUCUUUGGAGGAAGAUCAUGAAAUUUCAUUGGUCAAUGAAGUAUCUUCUGGUGCCAUUUUAUGUUUAUUCAUGGUUCUCAAUCUUCCGAUUAUUGGAUAAAACUCGGAGGAGGAUUUGGAUAUUGGUGUAUUUCGUUGCUACCUCUUCUGUUCUUAUUCCUGCUCCUCUGAUUGAGUUCAGAUACUACACCAUACCAUUCUAUUUUUUAAUUCUUCACACCAAUAUUAACGACAGCCGAAGUUGGCUUCUGAUAGGGAUUCUAUAUACAAUCCUCGACGCAUUUACGAUGACAAUGUUCUUGUUUCGGCCAUUCCAGUGGUACCAUGAGCAAGGGGUCCAGAGGUUCAUAUGGUAGGUAUGAAACACCAAAAGCUUAAACCGUGACGAGCAUCACAGAUUUAACUUAUCUUAGUAUUAUUCUUCAUUGGAUCAUGGAGAACUAACGCCCUUUAAUUCAUGUUUGGGCAUCUAAAUUUGACCGUGUUACUUGUAAUUUUUACAUUCAUGUCAAGAAAAUGGAUAUUUCAUGUUUGAUGCACACUUUGUAAC